AGGGGUGGACGCGUUUUUCCUGCGGCUCUCGACGGCCCGGUUAUGUGUGUUUGUGAGUUGUCUACAACUCUCCGCCGGUUGUGACCUGACCUUCUUUUGAGUCGUAGGGUCUAUACAUCGACCUGUGACCCUGCCAAGACUUUUAAGUCAAGGAGGGAAUUAAUAAAUAGCUUAAAAGUCUAGUUUUAAUUGAAAAAUGAUGCUUCUCUUCGAGGGCAUGGAUGCUGAAAAUGCACCAUCGACACCCUCGAAUGAUUUCAGCACUCGAAAUCUGACUCAAGAUUCUUCAGUAAUAUACAGAGCCAUCUACAUGUCUUUGCUCAGCGCUCGUGCCUGUGAUUAUGUGUGUUUGAGUCACUGUCAGUCUAGAUUUGACUUUAUUUAGAGUUCUGGCAGGCGAUUUGCCCCGAAUUGCAGCGUAAUCAACUCCCUUCGUGACGAAUAACAGGUGUUACAAGUGAUUUUGACGUAAUUUGACCAUUUCUGAAAAAAACAAUGAUAAUUUCUUAGAGCGGCAGCAUUGCUGUUAUUCUUCAUCGGAGAUGAUUAUAUCCUCAUUUGAAUUCAUCACAAGGAAUUAAGUCUAAUGGAUAAAGUUCUAAAGUAUUAGAAAAUUGUUAAAAGUGAUUUCUGAAUAUGAAUGGUGGUUAACAUAUAUUCAUAAAGAAUUUUAUUUUAAAUAGUUCUUCUUGAAGAUAACUCUUCAAUACUUUUUCCUUUAAUUACUGAUAUGAGAUAAUCAUGAAACACUGCUCUGAGAGUAUGUCCUUCUUAUGAUCUUGAAUCACUUAAUUUUUCUGUUUAGGAACGCCCAGAAUUGAAAACUCAUCGAGAUCACUAAAACCUUAAUGGAGAAAUAUUGUUUGCAUUUACUUAGCGCUCAAAUGUGAUAUACUGCCCAUCAUUUCUUCAUUUACUAUUUCCUGACCGCAUUCAGAAUGACAGGCGACUGCCAUGGCUCUUGAUCAGUGUCCUGCUAGAACCUUGGCAGUGAGUUUCACAACAACAUUAAUUACACUGCACAGAAAAUCUCAAGUCUUCGUUUUGUGCAUAACUAAAGACUCAGACAAUAGAAUUACGUUCCCCGAGAAUAUCCCUGGAAACUAUGCAAACGUCUGCAACGUUUUUCACGAAUUCAUCUGAAAAGUUAUUCAUCUGGUGAGUAUUUGGGCCAGAAGUGAUCGGAGGAUGAUGGGUUCACUUUCCUCUUCGAUAUCAGACUUCACACUCUGCAAUAGUCAGCCAUCACUUGUCACUUCCAAUUACGACCAGUAAUGCCCAGUUGCCCAAUAAUCGUAUCUGGCAAUUGCCAAUAAACUGACGGGAGAGAAACACGAACGGAUCGGGACCUGAACUGGAACAGAGCAGGAGCAAUCGGAAACGGAUCGGAAGCGGAACGGAAACGGAUCGGAAGCGGAACGGAAACGGAUCGGAAACGGAUCGGGAGCGGAACGGAAUCGGAUCGGAAACGGAGAGGGAGCGGAUUGGAAACACAACGUAAGCAGAACGGUGGGAAAAACUGCAUCCCUCUCAAUACACGGGAUUCCAAUGAUACUGGCGUUUUGGAAGCUGGGAGUCCUGCAGUGGACGAAGGAUCCUACCCUUUUCUGGAGUGCCAGGUGGUUGUGGACUCUGGUGGGAGUCCUCCUGUCGACUCUGGGAUCUGCAAAGGACGUCAGACCGAACGUCGUGGCGGAGGUGCCAACGCUGGAUGUUGGUCCCGUAGUUGUGGUAAGGGUGGUCGAAGGUUCAUCAGCCCGACUUCCCUGCAGGCAUCCACACUACCCUGAGGACACCUUGAAUUUGGUCUUGUGGUACUUGGGCCACUCAGCAAGACCCUUCCUCAGCCACGACGCUCGAAACAUCGGCAAAAACAAGGCCAACACGACGAAAGUCAAAGAAAAGAACUCUCAGAGCACGACAAACAAGCCCUCGGACGCAAGUGAAAACGACAUUUUGAAAAACAGUGCCAUAAAAACCAAGAAACGAAGAAGGAGAAGAAGAAGAAGAAGCGUUUUCGACUCCGACGCCGGGAGGAAAAUCAGAGAUUUGGGAGCCGGGAAUGUCAGUACAGCAAGCGAGCGGAAGAGUUUAAGUCCCGGGGGAACGACGCUAAUUAUCAAAAAUGUGAAAGACUCUGAUGAAGCCGAGUACAGGUGCAGAGUUCAUUUCCGUCAGUCUCCCACCUGGACUCAGAGGCUCAAGUUAAUUGUGGCAGACGACGUGGAGACAGUCGUCCUAGAAGACAGCACAGGACGAUCAGUAGACAGCAGAAUUGGACCACUGGCUGAGGGGACAAACCUCACACUGACCUGUCAAGCUUCUCACGGUUCAUCAGAUGUCGAGAGCCUCUGGUGGUUCCUAGAAGGGAAGCCCCUGGACACCUCCUGGGCUUCUGCUGGCGAGGGCAUGGUUGUCAACCGCCUGGCCAUCACGGUGGUUCAGGAGAGCUUGCACAAUGGGUGCGUCACGUGUCGUCUCGUUACCACAAAUGACGACGACCCUCACAUUGCGGCCAAUAUAACCGAGAGAUCGAUUACUAUCGCCAUGUUCUACGUUCCCGUGGCUGUGAUGAAGAGUGACGGAGGACGCGCCCUCGUCGGGGGCGGUCUGGAACUGACAGAGGGACAGACGUUGUCUUUCUUGUGCUCCGUUCGGGCGGAUCCUCCUGUCUACAGCUUAAUCUGGCUCCACAAUGGGAUCAGGAGAAACGUCGGGGGGCGGGUGUUGGCCAGAGACAAUUCGUCUCUGGUAAUCUCUCCCGUGACGAGACGAGACACCGGAAUCUACGCCUGCCUGGCCUCGAACUCCGAGGGAGACGGACACUCAAACGCCAUUCCAGUCACUGUCAAACAUCUGCCCUACUGCUCAGGCCCUACGAACCAGAAGCUCGUAGUGACAGCCAACACCUCAGUAAGCCUGACUUGCCAAGUGGAAGCCCAACCACAGGACGUCACCUUCACCUGGAAGAUUGGCAUCCCAUCUCCUGCCCACAGGCACAGCCAGAGCGCCGCCAGGGGUCACCAAGACACGCAUACCCUUUUCACUGACCCAAUUCUUCCCAGUAGCACUUUCCCUCGUCAGGUCGACACUGACGCAGGGUCUACUAAGGCUGACCCACAUGAGGAUGGUAACGCUAAUUCUGUAUGGCCUAGCCACUAUGGUGAGUUGCGUUCCAAGAGCCUUCGCUUCGUUUCCAACGACAUGCAGAUUCAUCUGGAUGCCCCUGAUAGUCAAGGGCCCUUGGUGUCUGGAAGGGAAGGAUCAGCCUCCAGUGACAUCUCUCUGACGGUGCAUCCUAGGCCUUCUAGUGGCUUGAAGUGGGACACUUCCUGGUCGAAGACGGUCGAUGACGGUCCAGGGAGAGGUGACUGGAAGAAGGUCGACCAUGAACCUGACCCAACGGAGCCUGGGAAGUCGACAGUGACAUUAACCCCUUCGACCUCGACGAUAAUAGGAUGCUACGCCCGUAACAGUGUAGGUCAUAUGGAAGUCCCCUGUACCUACACCCUGACGGUAGUUGAGCCACCGAAAGCCUUGCAGGACUGUAACAUAACUCUCGUAGGCGUCACCAGGAUGGAAGUCAGAUGCGACGACCCCACCUACGCUCAAGACUCGGCGCGUGACGUCAGUACUGCUCUGCAGGAUGCUCAACAUUCCCCCAGCAUGAGCUUCGUCAGGUCACCGGAGUCGAGCACGAAAGCCAAUUUGGAGGUUUGGUCAGGUGACACCUUGGUGGCUAACGUGAGCGAAGGACGACCAAUUUUCAGCGUGAAAGGUCUCCCUCCAGACGCUCAUUUGCGCCUUGUUCUGUACACUGCCUCCCCUCAUUCUCGCUCAAAGCCGCUGUACAUGUUCGCAAAGACACAGCCCAGGAAACACGUACACUUAUCAGUUCCUCCAGCAUCACAGUCUCCAACGCAGCCUCCCAUAGCUGAACCCGGCUUGGGUAUAGGGACCAAUCUCCUUGAUGGAAUCAACUGGAGGCUGGGAGGCAUCAUGGGCGGUGUAGUAGUCAUGGUGGUGGCCUUAGUGGUGGGAAUCGUCAUGUGGGCAUGGGAGAAGUUCGUGUCAGCGUCUGAUCGUGCCCACGUGCCUCCGCGCCAGCUUCAGCACUACCCUGGGAUUACUCUCGACACGCUAGCUUCGGAUGGCUCGCUCAGUGACGAGGCGAGCUUCGUAGGGGGAGGUGGUGUACCACCAGGUCCUGUCCAACCUGAACAGGUCAGAGAAAGCGCCGAUGUACGCCAAGGAGUCAUGGCUUACGGCCUUCAGAGUUUCGACCUCCAACAAUAAAGCUGGGAUGCAGGACUCAAUAUUCUUUUUUUAUAUAAUAGAUCUUUGGCGUGACGAAUACCCUCUGGUGGCCCUAUUCCCAGUGAAGACAUAUCUUAGGUCCCUCCCGUCAACACUUACUUUACUGAUCUCAUUUCCCCGUUGAUCUCAUAAUUUUUCCGUUUUUCCGUCUUAAUUAUUUGUUGGUAAGUGGAUGCGUUCUUUUCAGGGGGAAAGUAUUGAUCAAUCAUAUUCUAAGUUAAGAUAAAAAAUCUCAUCUCUGGCUGUUUUCAUUUGGCUUUUUAGAAGUGGAUUGUUUAGAUUUUGUUCGCAUGUUUUAACCAGCUGGAAUCACAAUCAUACGAAUCCUUUUCUCGUUAAUGUCAAUCAUAAUCUGAUCAUGAAAUUCAAUUCAAAAAGCUUCUUUAUCAAUUGAAUUAGUGAAUUAAUUUUAAUAUAUAUUUUUAACUCGCCAAAGACUGACUUUUUCGAUUAAAAUGAAUAAUUUUGUGAGACCUAUAGUUGAGACUGAGUGAGCAGGAACACACCAAAUAAUAAUAUUUUUUGUUUUAACGGCGAGCUGAAUUUCUCGAGCCCCAUUUAGGUUCGCUCUCCAGAACUGAUAAACCACAAUCUUUUUGUCAGCUCAAAUAUAUCAUUUCCUUAACUUUUACAGCUUUUUUUAGGAGGCCUUCCUUUCCCCCAGUUUAUUUUUGCAGUAUGUUCACUUUCUGUCUCACUCGAUCACACCCGUAGACUUGACCUCAGACAGAUCCCGUGAAUAUAACUAAUCGUGUUUGUAUAUUUGUAAUAAAUCCUAACG